AUGAAGGCCUGCUCCCUCUUCGCUGGGCUACUGGUUGCCCAUGGCGCAGUGGCUGCUAGAGUUCAUUCGUACAGCAAGCGUCAAAGUGACACUGAAUCUGGCCCUUCUGUACCAUCCUACUACUUCGACAUUCCUGUUGAUCAUUUCAACUCAUCCAACACGGAUACUUACAAGAAUCUUUAUUAUGUCAACGACACCUACUACAAGGCUGGCGGACCAGUCAUUCUCCAGGAUAUGGGAGAAGAGGCUUUCAGGCAAUCAGCUGCGCAGGUCUAUCUGGCAGAACAGGAUUCCAAAAGUGCAUCUAUGCAGCUUGCAAGGCAUUUGAACGGCAUUGUCAUUGGUUGGGAGCACCGUUACUAUGGAGUGAGUCGUCCUGUGGAAAUCGCCGGCCCUUAUGGCCUCCCGGUGCACGGAAUUGAGGGCUACAAAUACUUGACGGUGCAACAAGCCUUGGAGGAUGUUGCCUACUUCGCCAACAACUUCAACAAGACUGAUCUGGCGAAGAAUCACGUUGUUAAGAGCACCUCCGGCCUAGACCCAUACCACACUCCCUGGAUCUUUGUCGGAGCUUCAUACUCCGGUUCGCGUGCUGCGUGGAUGCGCCUGGUCCACCCGGAGAUCAUCUAUGCCUCAUGGGCUUCCAGUGCGCCCGUGCAAGCCCAGUACGACGGCUCUCUGUACUAUGACCCCAUUGCACGCGCACUCCCCAAGAACUGCACCAAUGACUUCGCUGCUACUGCCAGAUACAUCGACGACACUUUCAAAUCAGGCCCAGAGUCAGAGGUAUCCGUUAUUAAGUACGUUUAUUCCGCCCUUGUCAGUAUUGGGUAUUCGGACGGCGUUCGCAACUAUGAUGACUCUGAUGACUCUGAUUUCUUGAAUUACUUCUCUGAAUCGGGCGUGGCAUAUGAUGUGGGCGAGGCAAUUUCAAACUUGAUCUCCGGUGGUGGCGCGUACCAAGAUGCCGGAGCAGGAGCAACCACCCAGCUCAUCUGUGAUUACAUGGAAGGCUUUGACGUGAAGGGAUUCAAGGAUGGCGUCUCUGAGACCUCAAGCGGCAAGAGUGUUCUGUCCGUUCUGGAGAACCUCAACGGUUCGGACUCAGACUUCCCGUCCGACGGAAUUGCUGCCAGCGUCGACAGCAAUGGCGACUACUAUGCUUUCUGGGCUGCUAUCUGGGCCGGCUACAAGUUCGUAGAGAACGCAUACUCCCAAACUGUCAAGCGCUCCAGCACUCCUCGCCGCCAUCCGUUCAACGUCCCUGGUAAGGAAGAAGAGACCAUCAGUUCAGACGACUACGCCUGGCUCUGGCAGACCCUCCAGGAGGUCGGAUACUACCAAGCCUCCAACGACACCAACAACGGCGAGAGCUACCCUCUGCUCAGCGACGCCUUCAAUACUUCCAGCUAUCGCCAAGAGAUGAUCGGGAUUCUCGAAGGGGAACAACAUCUCGAAGGGGAACAACAUCUCGAAGGGGAACAACUCUCCACCAUCCCUUUCGAAUUCCCCACCAACCCGAACAACAGCUGGUUGCUGUCUCUGGGCGGCUGGAACAUGAAGGCUAGCAACACCAUGUUCACCAACGGCGAGUUCGACCCCUGGCGAGCGUUCAGCGUGGCUUCCCAGGAGUCCCACGCUGGAGCCCCAAACCGCACGAUUACUCAGGAUGUGCCCGCUUGCAACAAGGUGUCUGAUGGCAAUGACGUAUUCGGCAUUGUGUACGAAGGUGCCGUGCACGCUGCUGAUGCGGCCUGGUGGCCUGGUAUCGACGGCGGCCAGGCUAACUUGAGCAAGCCUUUGGAUGAUGGUGUUCGGCUUUUCGUGAACGCCUGGAACGUGUGGUCCAAAUGCUUUAACGCCAGUCGCGACGACAUUCGCAAUGGAAAGGGUGUCGAUGGUGCGGGCCAUGGAGCAAAUGGCAGCACUCUAAUCUCACACCCUAGUGAUGACAAGGAUAAUGUCGCAAGCCGUGCUAGCGGAUUGUCCAGCCUUGUGCUGCUGGGCGCCCUAGUCGCUGGUUUCUUUGUUAUGAUGUAA